AUGGCGCCCCGUGGUCGUGGAGGAAAGUUCUCCAAGCCCUCUCGUGGAGGAGGCAAGCACUUCAGCAGAGAUCUUGUCGGAACAGACAAGGAGGGAAACCAGAUGGGCAUGUGGCGGGAACCCCAAGAUCAGAUCGAAUCUUCCGGCGAUGAAUCCUCUUCCGAGGAGGACAGCUCCGAGGAAUCCAGUGAGGAGGAGUCCAAGCCCACCGAGUCAGCAGCAGCAGGAACCCGUGAAGAGCGUCGCGCAGCCGCCAAAGCCAAGAAGCUUGCAGCUGCGAAGAAGCGUAACCAGGGCCCCGCCCAACCCGGCGAUCUGCCCCCCUCUGACUCCGAGGAAUCGGAGGACGAGGCUCUCCCCGCAAACCCCAACCACACCGCCAAGUCGCGCUCGCAAACCCAGAAGCCCGUCGCGGGCUCCGAUUCGGACGAUGCGGCCCCCGCCCCCGCCCCCAAGAAGCCGGCGGCCAAGAAGGAUAUCUCCCAGCUCUCCCGCCGUGAGCGGGAAGCUGUGCAGGCGCAGCAGGCUCGCGAGCGCUACCAGAAGCUGCAUGCAGAGGGCAAGACCGACGAGGCCAAGUCGGAUCUUGCUCGUCUGGCGGUGAUCCGAGAGCAGCGCGAGGCGGAGCGCCAGCGCAAGCUCGCCGAGAAGGAAGAGAAGGACGAGCAGGCUAGGGAACGUGCGGAGAUUGCCGAAGAGCGCGAGAAGCGCAUGCGCCUUGCCGCUGCUGGCAAGCUUUCUAAGAAGGCCGGUGGCAAGAAGAGAUAA